AUGGAAAAUGAAGAAAGGUCACAAUCUGAAACUCAAUACCAAAGAGAGCUUGAAGGAGUUCGGAAUGAUGUGGCGCACCUGACCAGUAUGCUAGAGCAAAUGUUGAGAGCUAGAGAUGGAGAGGGAACGUCUACUCAACCUGAUGAAGCACCACCAGCAGCUCAAGUCCCUAUUGCACCUAUAAACACAGGGGAAAAUACACCAAAUAAGCAGCAUCCUAAUCCCAUUCGGCCCAUCCAAAUCCCUGUUACGAUGGAUUUAACAAACGAGGAUCCACAAGACGUCAGAUUCUCUAAUCAUGAAGGGUAUGAUAAGUGGACUAUUCUAGAAGAGAGGCUAAGGGCAGUUGAAGGAAAUGAUUUAUUUGACCCAAUUAGGGCCGCUGAAAUAUGUUUAGUGCCUAACAUCGUAAUUCCAAAGAAGUUUAGAGUUCCGGAGUUUGUUAAGUAUACCGGAAUGGAAUGCCCAAAGACCCAUCUUCGUUCGUACUAUAACAAGAUGGCAGAAGUUAUCCAUGAUGAUAAAUUGCUAAUUUACUUCUUCCAGGAUAGCUUGACAGGAUCGGCUCUUAGCUGGUAUAUGAGGUUGGACAACGUUAAGAUCAAGAAAUGGACAGAUCUGGCCGAUGCUUUCUUAAAACAAUACAAGUUCAAUCUUGAGAUUGCUCCUGAUAGAACCAGUUUGAUUACCAUGGAGAAAGGAACUCAAGAGUCCGUGAGAGCUUAUGCUCAAAGGUGGCGAGACCAAGCUAUCAAUGUACAACCUCCACUAAUAGAGACAGAGAUGGUAACACUGUUUGCCAAUACUUUUAGGGCCCCAUACUAUGAACAUCUUAUGGGUAGCUCAGCCCAGCAUUUCUAUGAUGCUGUGCGAAUUGCUGAAAGGAUUGAGCAAGGAAUCCGAAAUGGGAGAAUUGCAGAACCUGUAGAGAAGAAGGGUUUUUUUGGGAAGAAAAAGGAAACCGAGGUGAAUAACCUAGAAGGUAGGUAUCAAGGGAAAGGAAGAAACUACCAAAAUUACCAAACACCUACCUCCCAAAUCACUAGCAUUAACUUUUCCAAACCCUCCAUACCAAACCAACCCCAUCAAACAAAAUUCCUAACCAACAACCAAAACAAUUACCAAAGGAGAGACAACCGACAACUAGAAGAACCAUUACCACCGUUGCCAAUAACCCUAAAGGAGUUAUAUGCCAAGUUGCUAAGUAUUGGACAGAUAGCUCCCUUACCAUUACCGCCUAUGCAACCGCCUUUCCUUACUUGGUACAACCCCGAGUUGACGCCUAUGCAACUGCCUUUCCCUACUUGGUACAAUCCCGAGUUGACUUGUGAAUACCAUGCUGGUAAUGCGGGUCAUAGCAUCGAGAAUUGCGUGGCUUUUAAAAAGAGGGUAUCACAGUUAAUCAAAAUCGAAUGGGUUACUUUUGAAGAUUCGCCUAAUGUGAAUUCAAACCCUCUACCCAAACAUGCUGUAGGUGGUAGUGGAGUGAAUACUAUGGAGGUCAGUAGCAAAGAGAAAGUGCUAUGA